CGCUUAGCAACCGGGAGGCCGUACCUUGGAAGCUGGUUGCAGUUCUAGGCGCGUCCUGCCCUCUUCCCGCCCCUCCCUUCCCUCUCCCUUCACCUAGGAGCUGCCAAACACCUGGAUGAACCUGGGCGCUACGGGGUAGAAGUUCUACCGUUAACGCUCUUUUUUCCAUAUUUUUCCCCGAACUCCCGCCCACAUCCGUAAAUCCCACUGACUCUUUUACCACACUUUUCAUGAGAACAAGACAUUUCCCAGGAAGAUGGUGGCAGAAAAAGAGACCCCGAGCUUAAACAAAUGCCCCGACAAGAUGCCGAAGAGGAACAAGCUGCUGGCACAACAGCCGCUCUCGGGGCACCAGCCUCACUCCUUGGUUUCUGAAGGCUUCACAGUCAAAGCCAUGAUGAAAAACUCCGUCGUGAGAGGCCCUCCAACUGCAGGGGCAUUUAAAGAAAGACCAAUCAAGCCCACAGCAUUCCGAAAAUUUUAUGAGCGAGGGGACUUCCCGAUUGCCCUUGAGCAUGACUCGAAAGGAAACAAGAUAGCCUGGAAGGUAGAAAUCGAGAAGCUGGAUUACCAUCAUUACCUGCCUCUGUUUUUCGAUGGGCUUUGUGAGAUGACAUUUCCCUAUGAGUUCUUUGCUCGGCAAGGAAUCCACGACAUGCUGGAACACGGGGGUAACAAGAUCCUACCUGUCAUCCCACAGCUCAUUAUCCCCAUAAAAAAUGCCUUGAAUCUCCGAAACCGACAGGUCAUCUGUGUCACUCUGAAAGUCCUGCAGCACCUGGUGGUGUCAGCCGAGAUGGUGGGCGAGGCCUUGGUGCCCUAUUACCGACAAAUCCUCCCUAUCCUGAACAUCUUUAAGAAUAUGAAUGUGAACUCGGGGGACGGCAUCGACUACAGCCAGCAGAAGAGGGAGAACAUCGGUGACCUGAUCCAGGAGACUCUGGAAGCCUUCGAGCGCUAUGGAGGAGAAGACGCCUUCAUCAACAUCAAGUACAUGGUUCCCACCUACGAGUCCUGCCUGCUCAACUAACCGUGGAGUGCUAACCAGAGGAAGGCCUCCCCGGGCAGCGCGGCCGUGACCGCCUGUCCCCGCUGCCUGUCGUUUCUCAUUCCUUAUGACUUCUAUAGCUUUCUUCCCUACAGCUGCUCGAAUAGUGGCUUCUGAGCCACUAGACUGUCAGCCCUAUUGAGAGCAGCUUCCCAAUACAUAAAUGGUGCCUGUUUCUUAGA